AGAGAGAGAGAGAGAGAGAGAGAGAGAGAGAGAGAGAGAGGCGUUUGGCAGGUGUCGUCGUCUCGUUCCUAGUCCUUUCACAUCUGGCUGAUCAUGGAGGAGAAGGGAGAAGAGGAAGGUGUUGCAGGAGGAUUUCACCGAACAGCCAAACGGCUCCGGACAGAAAAGGAGGCCGAUGUCAGUGAGCUGGAGGAGGGGGAGGAAGAGGAGGAGGCUGAGGCCUCCGCUGAUGAGGAGGAUGAAGGGAGGAACGUCGAGCGCAGCAGGAGUCGGAGGAUCGGAGGGAAGGACAGUGUGGAGGACAGUCACCGAAUCCCCCCGUCUCCGGUUGUCCAUGUGCGGGGGCUGUGUGAUGCUGUGGUGGAGGCUGACCUGGUGGAAGCGCUUGAAAAGUUUGGCAAAAUCUGUUACGUGAUGAUGAUGCCAUUCAAGCGCCAGGCUCUGGUGGAGUUCGACAGCAUGGAGAGUGCAGAGCGCUGCGUGACUUGUGGAGCCAGGGAGGCCAUCUACAUCGCAGACCAGCAGGCUUUCUUUAAUUUCUCCACAAGUCAGAGAAUCACUCGCCCCACCAACGCAGAUGACCCCUCCAGCAGAAACAAAGUCCUGCUGCUCUCCAUCCAGAACCCUCUGUACCCAAUUACUACUGAUGUGCUGUACACAGUCUGUAACCCUGUUGGAAACGUCCUGCGAAUCGUCAUCUUCAAGCGCAACGGCAUCCAGGCCAUGGUGGAAUAUCCUUCAGUGGAGGAUGCUCAGAAGGCCAAGCUAGCUCUGAAUGGGGCUGAUAUUUACUCUGGCUGCUGCACGCUCAAGAUCGAAUAUGCUCGGCCCAACAGACUGAACGUCGUUCGCAAUGACAACACCAGCUGGGAUUACACCAAACCCUUCCUCCUGCACCGAGAUCGGGGAAAGGGGCGGCAGCGUCAAGCCAUCCUUGGAGAGCAUCCUUCCAAUGGCUAUGGCCCACAUUGUCCCCUACUGCCACUGCCUGCUAACAGCAGGUACAGGAGGAGCCAUGAACAGGCCCAGGAGAUGAUCUCCUACCCUCCUCUCCUCCCAAAGACCUUCUCCUCCUCAACCUCUUCCUCCUCCAUGUUGGGUUCCAGCUCCGUCGCCAUGGUCAGCGGCCUCAACCCCACCAAGACCAACUGCAGUCACAUCUUCAACCUCUUCUGUUUGUAUGGCAAUGUGGAGAAGGUGAAGUUCAUGAAGAGCGUUCCUGGAACUGCGCUGGUCGAGAUGGGCGACGAGUAUGCUGUAGACCGCGCUGUCACUCACCUCAACAGCAUCAAGGUGUUUGGCAAAAAGCUAAACGUCUGCGUGUCCAAGCAGCAGGCCGUGAUUCCCAGCCAGAUGUUUGAGCUGGCAGACGGCAGCAGCAGCUAUCAAGACUUCAGUCUGACCAGAAACAAUCGUUUCAACAGCACACACAGCAGCAGGAACAUCAUCCAGCCUCCAGCCGCUGUGCUGCACUUCUACAAUGCCCCGCCCACCCUCAGUCAGCACCAGCUGCUCAAGCUGUGUUCUGAACACGAUGUUCCCACCUUCACCAAGUUCAAAGUCUUUGAUGCCAAAACCAGCUCAAAAACGCUUUCUGGUCUUUUGGAGUUCAGCAGUAAAACGGAAGCUGUGGAGGCUCUGACUGUGCUCAACCACCACCAGAUCCGAAUACCCAGCAGCUCCAGCCCCUUCACACUGAAACUUUGCUUCUCCACUUCCUCCCACCUGUGACCACCAUAGCUCCCACACACACACACACAUGGCUUCUCCAGGUCACGCAGGAGCAAAUCUUAGUUUGUUUUAGAGAUUCGGUGUUUCCCUCCAAAGUGAUAAAUAGAUGAAAGUUGCAUGUUUCAUCGUGAGGGCAUCCAUGACAGCGCUACAGUGAACUACACGAGUGAUGAUGUCAUCAUAAGCAGUUUUCUGUUGUGACAUAACCUGUCGUUAAUGGUGGGCUUUUGUGUUUGUCGUUACUGGAUCAGCUAAAGCAGUUCUCACUAGUUCAGUAGGCCGGUGCUGCUGGCAUCAGACAGGAAAUGUGAAUCUUUUAUUUGUGACCCUGCCGGGUAAGUUACAGUUAACGCUGUCGUAUAUUACACUGGUCAUGUCAUCAUGGUCCUGAGUGACAUCACUGUUGUCUAAAUAACAGUCUUUAGGUAUUCUCUCAUGCACACACACACACACACACACACACACUCUCUCUCUCCAGUCUAGCAUUCGUUGUGAGGACCGUCACUGACUUCCAUUUAUUUUAGUGACUGGAUUGUACCCAAUCCUAACCCUAACCCCCCUCUAACCAUAACCAGUCUACGUACUCCUAAAGCUUGGUUUAUGCUUGACGCGUCCGCGAGGUUCACACGGCUCUGCGUGGCAGAAUUGCGUCGUUUUAACAACCACGUCCCUCCACCGCGCCUCCGCACGGCCCAAACUUUCCGCACCACGCACCUAGAAAAUUUUCUAACCACGCGGACGGUCGGAUGCGGAAAAACAUGGCGGACCGGCAAGAAGUAGUAUGGCAGAGGUUGGUAAAUACAGACAUUUGUAUGAUUCAGCUCUCAGAGAUCACCGUGAUCAACAUGUUGUUAAUAAUUCUUGGAGAGAAAUAGCUCGCACUGUCGGAAAAGACGAGGACGCUGUUAAAAAUGCUGGAAUGCCAUGUUGUAAACAGUAAUUUCUACUUCUACUAUGGUGUAGUGUUGGAUGCAUGCCGUAGAGCUCCAUGCUGCCCCCUACAGUUUGGGAGAAUAUUGGCUCACCGCAGAGACAAGCCGCAUGAACCAUAAACGCUGCGAGUUGUGAAGCGCGUUCCAUCCGCGAGCCGCAUCACCAAGCGGAGAGUGAAUGCGUCAAGCAUAAACCACGCUUAAGCCUAACCUUAACUAAAACUUAAUUCACACCACACCUCUAAAUAUAACCAGUAGAGCUCUGUGGCAUCGUCCGAAAGUGAGAACCAGCAAAAUGUCCUCACUUUGGGACGAUGUCCUCAGUUUGCAGGUUAAAAAAACUUGUUUUGGUCCUCACUGUGAUGUAUAGACUGGUACACACACACACACACACACACACACACACACACACACACACACACACACACUUCAUCUACGAUGUGGUAAAAUGUAUCAGACAGCCACUGAUGCGUACCAUCAUCAUAGGUUCACUUCAACUGGACAAAAUGACCUUUUAUGGUUUUGAAAGGAUUUCUGUGUUUGAUGUAGCAGAAAAUACGUUUUUGAUCAAUAAAAGUUCACCCUAGUUCUCUGGAAUGUAA